AAGAUCAAUCUUAUUGUUGGUGACUAUUUCAAGUCAUUGGGUGGCAUGAUUUACCUGGGAUACUUGAAGAAAGCAUCUGACCUUAUUUCUUGGCUUCGAAGCAAGACCCUUGUUCUAGCAACACUAAGAGAUAUCCAAGUUGCCCUCAAUUCAACUAACCCAUCCCAUCCUCACCAUGUCCUCACUGUAAUCCGUGCAGUUUUGACCCGAUGGACUGCUCAUUAUCUCACCUUCAGACGACUUCUUGAUCUUAAAUUUGCACUUGACAUUCUUGUCAGGCAGGAGAAGAGUCUCAGACGAGAUUCAAAAAUAAUUACAGGUGACACUGCCUCACAAAAAAAAGCAACAGAGAUGUUAGCAUUGAUCGAAGACCCAGUGAUGUGGAUGACCCUGGCUCAGUAG